AUGUCGUCUUCAGACCUGCCUCCCACGCGCCAUCGCCGCCAAACUCGAAGUGCGGUGAUGCCUUGUGCGACAGCCUCGUCACAGGCUCAUCAGAAUCCCCGGAACCCGCAGAGCCCACAUCAUCUAAAUCUCCAAGCCCAUGCGCAAAAUACCCAUGCCGACAUGAACUCGGAUCUUACUCUCCCGCCUGCGCGACCAUCAACCCCUCCCCGUACUCCUAGGAAAGAAAGCCGACCCUCCUCUUCUCAGAACACUUCGACAGCCCCCGAAAUCGGAUCGAAACAGAGAUCUCGAAAUAAGAACCGCCCCAAGAAUGUUAUGACAUCUCCCGGAGCAGUUAGAAAGGGUCGGAAUACUACGCCGCCUUUGACAGGCGCUCAGUAUGGGGCUCAGUCGUCUUCGAAGCCCGUGAAUACACCCACAGCAUAUGCAGGCUCGACAUUCCAUGCCUCGCCAGCCCCAUCAGCUCUGCCGAUACCAAGCUUCUACUCGAAAUCCGUACCAGAUUCGCCUGGUUUCAAAGGUCUCAAGUCCCUGACAGGGGCAGCGCUACCUACUGCAUCCUCUACUCCUCCACGCACAUUCCCUCCCCGGGAACAAGCUCGGGAGGAGUCGCCUCUUGAUGUCUUCUUCAAGGCCGAUAGAGAGGAAAAGGCGAGAGCUCGCAGUGCAAGCUCUAACAAGGCAUUCGCAGCCGCCAAUGGACCCUUCCCUCCCCCUCUGGAGUCAUCUCGCAGCGCUCAAACUCUACCAACCCGCUCGCAGCAAAACUCCCAGACAGCCUCCAAAAGAAUGUCUUCAAAUGGCAUCUUUGUGAUGGAGAUGGAUGGUGAUCGAGCUUCCGGCACGCCCUUGGGGCCAGCAUUUUCUACGCCAUAUUCCGAGAGAAUCAAUGCCGCACGAUCUAGAGAUCAAUCUGGUGUGCCCAUUGAAGGAGUCUCUCAUGGUUCGCAGUUGUCUUUGGAACGCUCCGAAGCUUUGAAAGCGUAUCUCUUCUCAAAUCAGUCUGCUCCAUUGGUUGCAAAUCCCACUUCACCGCUGGUUCAGAACUUCAAUGCCUACGAAGUGCCCUCUGCUCCAGGAGGGGGUCCAAGGAGUGCUGGCCUUCCAGGAGGGCCAUACUAUAACGACCAUGCUCCCGACCCGAAUGCCUCGAAUGAUGGCCCUCGAGCAGGAGGGCGAUCAUCAGGUUUGCGCCAAGAAGUCACGAACUCGAGAACGCCUAUGAAAAUGCCUGAUCGCAGCCAGUCUUACGGCCACUCGCCUGUACCUUCCCGCAAUGCUCCGUCUAAUGCGUAUGGAGGAAACAACUAUGCGACACAAUUCACAUCUCGGACACCUUACCAGGCUUCUGCUUCGCCAAUCGGCAUUUUACCUGUAAAUCCAGAUCCCAGAAUCCAGGGGAUGGAGGACAGCCUGCGAAAGAUCUUGAAACUGGACUCGGAUGCGAGCCCUGGAACCAAUACCGGAUAA